CACCUACAUACUUGUCGUGUCUCUACCAACUUCCAUUGCCUCCAAUGUAGCAUUGUAUAUGAUUCCAGUUCACGGCCCCAUGGCACGGCCUCUUGGCUUAAAUCUGUUCCCGCAAGGUUGCGACCGCUGUGAGAGACUGGCAGCGUGAGAAACAUGUCCGAUGGCAGCGCCUCGUCCUCGUCUCCCCCGUCACUAUCUCAACCCAUUAACGACACCACUCCACGGCGGCUGUUGACACUGUGCAGCGUAGGGGUGGCCCGACCCUUCCAACGCAAGAGGUGGUCGCCAUCACUCCUACGACUAAGUCCAUGGACAUGCGUCAAACUCGGCACGUUCCGAGACCUCUGCGAAGCACGAACAAUACAAUUCAUCGCUUCCAAUACGUCGAUUCCCGUGCCCAAAGUGUACUGUUCAUUCCAGAGAAGGGACAAGCGGGAUGGAACCACAACCACAUACAUUGUAAUGCAACGGAUUCGCGGCCAGACCUUGGCGAGCGCGUGGCCGACACUGUCUGCCUCAUCAAGGAAUAAGAUCUUGCUGCAGCUGAGACACUUUGUCCAGGUGAUGCGAAACUUACCUUGGCCCAAACGCGAGUACAAGAUAUCAAAUGUUGACGGAGGCUCGCUUUGGGACUGCAGGCUCGUGUCCGGCGUGGAUCGAUUUGGCCCGUUCAAAGACACGCUGGCCUUUCAUCUCUUUCUUCGCAACGGCCUCGAAAAAGCGCCGCCAGAGCUCCCAGAGGUUGAUGAGAUGAUUAAGCUACAAGCACGAGAUUGGGGCCCGGUGGUCUUUACCCAUGGCGACCUGAGCAGUUUGAACAUCCUCGUCAGGGGCGAUCGUAUCGUCGGCAUAGUCGAUUGGGAGACCGCUGGCUGGUUCCCGCCAUACUGGGAAUACUCGACUGCGUGCCAGGUUAAUCCUAGAAACACAUUCUGGGCCGAGUGGAUUGAUCACUUCCUGGAACCGUGGCCCGACGCCCUUGAAAUGGAAAGAGUGAGACAGCGAUGGUGGGGAGUCAUUUGACAACACGUGUGCGACGGCUUCCCUUUUACUGCUUGCGUUCGAGCAGGCAGGUCAUAUUUUGGUCAGGACCCCUUCUGCGUUGUGAAGAUAAGAGGUGUGAAGUCAGUCUGAACAAACCGAAAUAUGUGCAUGGCCGGUUUGCCGAACGACCUGGCCCGUUCCAUUGUAAGACUCUGGGUUCCGAGCCACUUGUUGACCCUUUGAAGCGCGAUCAACGCUUCCAUGACCCAUGAGAAGCAGUUCCAACUCUUGUUCGGUUCAUCUCACAGGUAGGCGCUUGACGCAGAAUCGAGCUUGGUUUAAGCGAGCACACACCAUCUUGGACUUACACCGGGCCAACAGCAUGUUUGUGGGCAGGUAGCAACGUUGAACUUCUUUUUGCUUCAAUGGUCCAUUGAACAGAACACCUGGUAUGCAAACUGUCAUCAUCUAGCAGCUCCUGUAGCCAAGCGACAGCUAGGGAGGGAAAGUGCAGGUGAGCUGAGCUUUCGCACAGUAGUCGAUGGUCUUCCGACCUUCAAGAAGGAAUCGAUAGAUAGGCAAGGACCUCUUCUUUCCUUUCACACAACUCCUUGACUGCCACUGCCAGUGUCCUGCUCAUAGAAAUCAUACUUCUUCGACCUGAUUUUUUCUCGUCUCCCAAACAGGUCCAUAUUGAGCAAAUCUACCUUACAUAUCCUUUAGCAUCCGCCAGAGUCCAGUCUGCAUGGUUACUGCGGAACACGGACAAACUCACACGGAGAGCCCCUGCCCCAAUUCGGAUUCGCAGCUCUGCCGGUAAAGGACGAAAGCAGGUGAGAUGCUCCACGGGCAACAUUUCGAGUCUCGAUAGCCGCUGUAUUGGCGAGCUGCACGCUUCACUCCGGGUUGCAGCGUGUUGUACAACCAGCCACUCCAGUACCCUGGAACCCAUCGCCCGUCAGCUCGCUCCCCCUUCCUCUCGUUGCCGGCCAGGUUAUGCGCUCGGUUUUACGGAAAGAUUGUUUGGGCCGCUUCCAUACCACAAGAGGGGUGGAUAGUUUCAGUAUGUGCCCACUGACAGUGAGUGCGAAAGAAGGUACACAAUGUAUCUUGAAGGUUCAAGUUGUGGCUUUCAGCUACCAGUAGCUAGCUACCUUAGCUACCUAGAACACGAACGCCAUGCCAAACUGAAAGCUUCCUUCCGCCGUGCCGGCUCAAAAGACAAAAGGAAAAAGGAAAAAAGAGAAUGAAGAGAAAAAAGCGAAAAUUGAGAAGAGAGACAAAAGAUUCGUGGCAGCAAGGUAUCGUGACACUGACUCUUUCUUUGGUCGAUCAAACCCAGUGACAGACCAAUCAACCAACCCAUCCAUGCAUCAAACCACCUGUGUCACCAAUUAAUUGUUUGGUGGGCUAUACUCGGAAGUUGUGUAGUCUUUCUCUCCUCCUCGUCCUCCUUUUGUGUUGAGGGAUGAAAAAGCGAAACAGAGAAUGAGGAGAGACGCCAUUCAGGUUUUGAAACGGGGCAGAAUUGUUUCUCUUUUUCCACUUUGCCAAACUAUCCUGUACGACUGGAGUUGGAUGAUUUUCGUUGAUGCACGCGCAACUAAGUCGCACUGAUGCCGGCAUCGGUAUCGAUGAAUUAGGCCUCUGAGUCUUCGGCAGACUGGUCUUGAUGCUCAUGCUCAUGCUCAUGCUCAGGCUCGGGCUCAUGCUUGUUCUUAUUGUCCUGUGAUGCCGUCGACGGCAAUGCCGCUACGCUAUUGUUGUCCAACAAAGAUGCAUCGUCAUCAAUGUCCUCUGUCAGAUCCAGAUCCGAAUCCAGAUUCGAGUUCAAAUUCAUGUUCGGACCUGUCCGUAGACUUUGGACGGGCGUCGGUGUGCGGGGAGACUGGAGACCACUAGCAGCUGUUGCCGGUCUGGCGACAGAAGGGGUUGAUUCAUUCUGUUGGCUGCCAUCUUGGGACAGACCCUGUGAUUGUGGCUGCGGCUGCGACGGACUCUGUAUCUGUGACCCAGGGCUCUCGCGUUUCUUCUCCUGUUGUCGACUCGACAGAGAUCGAGGCUGCGAGCUCCAUGCUCUUAGAGGCCGAGGAGCUGCUUCCGAACUGAACUUUCGAGCUUGUUGUUGUACUGGGGAUGGAGAUGCGAUUGCUGAUGCUGCCGCCGGCGAAGGUACCGGUCUCAUGCUAGGCGGUGGGACGAUGGCUGGUAAGGACCAACUCGAGCUUGUCGGCCCACCACCACCCCUUUGGUUCGUGCUUGGAGGAGUCAUGAUGCCUGAGAGAAAACUCGCGGGGCUCCCGACAUUGGACUUGGACGGCGUCUGUGUGUGACUGCUGCUGGUGCUGCCUGCUGUGGCGAUAUUAGAUGCCGAGUCUGAUAUGCCUCCAAUCGAUGUUUCACGAGCUUUUCGCCAAUUACCCCAUGCCGCGGCUGCCGCUAGUGGAAGUGCCUUGGGAGAUUGAGCAUAUGUCGACAGCGCGGACGACAAUGAGGGAAAGGAAGUGGUCAAGGAGCCGGAUCCAGAGCCCGCGGCUGUACUGCGUUCUCGAAUCUGUUGUUCCAUCUGCAGAUUGGUCUUGAGCCGGAUUGCGGCAUCCUUGACCGAGUCUCGAUCGAAAUCUGGCUGCGAGGAGACAAUGUUGAUGAUGUCUUCGAGGUCGUCAAUGCGCACAUUCAACAGCUCUCGAAGCCAACCGACUUCCGCCUCGCGCUCUUUGAGUUUUGUGGGCGCCUCCAUGUCCACCGCGGCAAGAUCGCCUUCGAGCUUUUCAAUCUUUUGCUCUCGGUUCUGGAGUUGGUCUUGCAGGACCAUGAUGGAUUCUCUAAGAGCUUGAGGAGAGAUCUUCUCCGGCACAUCGGAUCCUCUUGCUAAAGAAAUAGACGCGCUUGUUGCCCGUGGAGGCGGAGAUGCAACGAUGGAGGGAGCGGGAGUGGGGACAUCGACCCCUUUCGCGGCGGCAGCUUCUGCCGCUGCCCUGGCCGCUGAUUUCGUGAUGGCCAGUCGUUCCUCGAGGUCAGCGAUCUUGCUUUCCAGAUGCUUGACUUUGUCGUUGCUCAAAUUCAGCUUCUCGUUGAGAUGAUGCUCAAGCCGUGUCCGGUUGUCGAACGAGUUGUGCAGCUCCCUGGUGUGACGGUCGCGCAGGUCAUUGAGCUUCUUUUCGUGGGCCUGAUGUUGGUCUUCAAGCGCACUUUCUCGCUUUUCGUUGGCUUCACGGAGUGCUUCCUUGUGGGCCUCUAUGGUCUCAGCCAUCAGUGCGUCAUGUUUGGCUUUUUGGUCUUCGAUAUCCAGCUCGGCGUGAUCCAGGCGACUUUGCAGCCUGGAAAUUUGCGCUUCCGAGUCUGUUCGGAUACUGUGGAGUCGAGCGUUGGCACCGUCGAGUUGGGCCUGUAAUUUGGCAGUAGCAGUGGCCAGCUCAGCGUCUUUGCUGCUGAUUACAUGAGCCAAUUCACGGUCGAGGUUGAACACCUUUGUGUCCAAGGCUCGGUUCUCCUCCUGCAGUGACGCGACCAGCUGGUUCAACCGGGACACCUCGAGUUGUGACUGCUCUAGUGCAGGCUUGAGGUGUAAGCUGCUCUGGAGUUCAUUUUCCAGCACGGCCUUGUCCUGUUCCACUUUGUCACGGCGCUUUCGCUCAAGUUCGAGCUCAUUCUCAAGGGUCGCCAACCGGUUGUGCAGACGAUGUUCCUUGUCCCUCCAGUCUGCCUGCUCGGCAUGCAAGUCGUGGACGACUUGGAUCAUGUGGCCCUGCACACGCUCCAGCUUGUUGCGCAGGGUUCGUCGCGAGUCCGCUUGAUCGUCCAGUUGCUGGCGGAGUUGACGCAAUGUUUCCUGGAGUUCCUUGUUUUUCUCACGUUCGAACCGAACGUCCUCCCGCCAUUGAUCGCUCGAAACACGAUACUCUUCGAGGGUGGUCUCCAGUGCCGCGUUCUUGAGAUUGAGCGCAUCCACUUCACCCUCGAGGUUCUUGUAUGCUUCUUUCUCCUCGAUAAACGCCUGUAGGGAAUGUUGCGCCUCUUCCGAUGACUCCCGAUGCUGCGCGGCCUCCUCCUCGGCUAUGCGCAGCCGCAAAUUCAACUCCGUCACCUCUUCUUCGGCCUGUCUUCGUAGACGAGCUUCCUCGGCAGCAUGUUCUUUGGAUAUCUUGAGCAUGCUUUCAAGGCCAUCGAUCUGUGGCUUAUACUUCGUAUCAUCCUGAUCUUGUUGGACUCUGGAUCCCCGUAGCCGAGGAUGAUGAGAGAUGACAUCUUCGACAAUCGCCUUAAAGUCUAACUGGGUGUGAUUUUGUUUCUCGGCUUGCUGAGCAGUGAUCUGUCUCAUCUCUUGCACCAUCUGGUUGAUCUCGGUCAUGUCUAUUGAAGGUUGCGGCGCGACCGGUGGCUGGUAGGCUGCCAAAGCUUCGGCGACGGCGGCGCGGAUCUUAUCUUGCCUGCGACCUCCUCUUCUAGCCGCAGGAGAUUUGGCCCUGUAGGAUGCAAAGCCUUCGAAAGCGUCGUAAUGUUCCUCGUCUUCGUCUUCAUCGUCGGCAUCAGAGUCUUGGGGCUCAGUGGACAUGCUCCGUCGACUACUCUUGGGCCUUGAGCUCGUGACCACAGAAGCCAGAGAUUGUUGAAUGACUUGGAGAGUCUUCUCUAGAGGACCCAAACGAUCCUCGAGAAGGCCGCCGACCAAGUCUCUGACAUGUCCAUCGAAAAAUUCGGAACGCAGCCGCAAGUUGGCGUCCUCGGUGGCUGGCAGGGUAUCAUCCCAGUCACUCACGUCAUCCCGCCCGGAGUUCAGGUUGUGUACUCCAAUUCCAAGGCCAAAUGACGCAUCAUUAUGUGACUGGUCAAUUUCAGCUGUUCCAGCUUCUUGGUGCUUUCGAGAAAUUGAUUUUGAACUUAGACUUGGACUCGGCGCAUCGCUGCGAAAGUUUCUAUCCAGGCGCAUGUCCACGAGAGGCGUUGAUUGAAGUGGGGUUUCGCUUCGUUCAAUGCCCAAUUCCGGAUGCACUUCAAAUUGCUUCAUGACAGCGUCGAUUUCUUCAAAUGACGGUACGGGUUCGUCCUGGGGACGCAGCCUUGGAGACUGACCGUUGUACUCAUUCUUCUCCCGAGCCUGGGGUCCUGGAUUUUCGGCUCCGGAGGACUGCGACGAACUCUCAUGCUCAGCAUCAGAGCCGGCGUUGUCCUCAACGCCACUGACCUCCUCGUAUACCUCGACUAUUUCUUCCACGUCAGACUCUGAAGAUUUCUCUUCUUCUGCGUAGCUAUAGGCGGCUUGAGGAGGGGAGGAAACGGUGGCUGUAACCUCAGGAGAAGACUGCUUGGAGUGCGUUGGUACCGCGUAUUUCGAGGCUUCCAAGCCCUGGGGCUUCCGAGGGGUUGCAAAGGUUGACGACCCGUGUGGACUCGACGAGGAAGGUUUGAAUUCGAAGGGCUGUGCUAGAGCCGACAGAGAUGGUUUGGGCUUUUCACCUUGUGCUGUACUCGAAGCGACUUCAGCCUGAGCCUGUGACUCUUCGCCGCCAUCCUUCGCCUUCUGUCCUUCGAAGUCUUUCUGCACUUCUUGCUUCAAGCCACCUGCCUUGUCCGCGUUGUUGGUUUCAAUGUCCUCCUGUGAUGUAGCUUGGCGAUGAAUGUCCAGUGGACGCGCUUCGUCAAAUUUGACUGCAUCUCGCUGAUCCUUGAAAGUGAACCCUGAUUCGCCGGCGGGCACAUGCCCAUCCUCCUUCUGAGGAACAGGUGUUUCGGCCUCGCUGCUCUGUGGCUUUUCCUCUGCGGGAAUAUAGCUCCAGCCAUCCACAGGUUUCUGUGGAGUUUCCGAUCUCGGUUCGUUUGCCUCGACGUGGUCAACAAUGUCCGACAGGAUUCUCGAGUGGUUGAAAGGGGCCGAAUCAGCAAAGACAGGACUGGCAUCUCCAUCACUGCUUCGUCGUACUCGCUUUUGUCUUUCCGUAGGCGGCAUAGGCCGCCCAUCGUCUUCCUCUGCGUCGGUGUCGGUGCCUGAUCUUCCGUAAUCCCUCGUUUUUGGUGGAACGAUCGGUACGGCCUUGGUUGCUCGUCGAGAUACCUUUAAUGUUGAAUCGAUGACAACCUUC